AUGGCGGACGCGUUGAGGGAGCGCACGGCGCGGCUGCUGACCGACUACCUGGAGUACUGCGCCCGGGAGCCCGGCACCCCUGCGCGGGCGCCGUCCACGCCCGAGGCCGCGGUGCUGCGUUCGGUGGCCGCCCAGGUACAGCAGCGUCACGAGCGCUUCUUGUCCGAUUACCGCGGCUACGGCGGCAACCGCGUGGAGCUGGUGGCUCAGGUGGAGCGGGAGAUACUCGCCCACCCCCAGCCCCUAAGCUGGGGCCGUGUGGUGGCGCUCUUGACCUUCGCGGGCACACUGCUGGAGAGAUCGCCGUCGGGGACCUACUCGAACCUGGGGCCGGACCAGGAACUGGAGCUGGGGGAGUGGGAGGCCGGCGUCCGCCAGGACUGCCGGCACCUGGUGGACUUCCUCUGCAAUCGGCUCACGGGACAGCAUCGCGCCUGGCUGGAGGCGCACGACGGCUGGGAUGGCUUUUGUCUCUUCUUCACACCCAUGCUGCCGUCGUCUUGGAAAAGACUGCUGGCCCAGGCUCUUCUGUCCUGCUUCACAGCGGUGAUCUUAAUCUACUUCUGGAAAAGGUUAUUGUGA